AUGUUACCGGGAGACCAUUUACCUGCGGACGGAACGGAGGGGCUCAACAGCCCGACUAAAGGCAGUGCGUCUUUGAAAUCCAAAGAGGAAAUCCUUCCAGCACGUGACCCUGUUAGCAGAGGAAAUACCAUCCCUGCUGACCUCAUCAGCACCCAGCCUCUGUCAUCUGCAGCCCCAUCAGCAGAGGCCUCACAGGAGGCAGCAGAGUGUAAGAAGCCCACCUGCCCACAAUGUGGUCUCACAGUUCCAGACCACAGACCUCCCCCUGUCUUACCCGCAGUGAGUCGUCUGCAGGGAUCCAGCCUGUCGGUGCACAGCAGCAGCAGCAGCAGCAGGACGAGCAAGAGGAGCAAGAGGAGCAGGAGCAGUGUGGCUGGAUCACAUCAACGUACUGCUACACCUGCUGCUGACUCCUGUUUACACUUGCUUUUGGCGUGCCUGUACUGUCAAUGCUCCGUGCUGCUCCUGGGUCUGUUGGAGGCCUGCUCCACCUGUCUUCACAGCCUCUGCUCCUCCUGCUGCCACGCCUGCGCCCGCUGCUGUUCGGCCAUCCAGGAGGCGCCCGUGGAAGAGCUCAACUGCAACGCACACUGCCACUCGGUGUUGUUCGACUCCUGCUGUGAGCCGACCGAGUGUCUGGAGUUUUGUCUUGAAUGCUGCGAGAUCUGCCAUCGCAGCUGAGGACUCACAUGAGACAUGAGACUGAAACAACAGAUGUACAAGCAAUAUGGGAUUUAUUAACACUUCAGUGACAAUUCUUAUGACUGAACUUUAUCUUUUCUUGACUCUAAAAGUUGUGAAGAGCAAAAUCCACUGCAAAUCACAACAAUUCUUUGUGAUAAUUCAUGUUUUUAUAACUUAUUUGUGCAAGUCCUGCUACAACAAUUUGUUUUUCAUUGACCUCAACUAAAGCAAUCGCUGAGGAUUUGAGUUAGUGCUUCAAAAUGUUUUUCAGUUAAGGAGAUUUUUUUGGGCCUUUUUGAGCUAAAGCCAUUUAAAAUGAAUAAAUAAUAUCAAACAUUGUAGACUUGAAGUUUGCUGUCAAUAUGCAGGAAAUUAAGCCAGUAGAUGAUGAUGAUGAUGCUGAUUAGCUGAGCUAAAAAAAAAAAAAACUAGAACAAAACAAUAUCCAACAUCUCUGAAGCUCAAAACUACACGUAUGGUCUUUUUAACCAAACACAUAAACUAAUGUUAAAAACACACUGGCUGCAGGUUUGAGCUUUUCUCCAGCUCUUUUGUGAUAUCUAGUGACUGUAUUCAACAUCAACGCCGAGUCUCGUUCAGAAGAAGCGCUUCAAGCCCAAUGAUGGCCGUCGCCAUAUUGGAAAUGCAGCCUCCAACUCCCUUUCAAUCAAUACAGGGACAGGCAAGAGGCGGAGCCUAAAAGCUUUUGACAAGUUAACUCCGCACCUGUCAGUCAACUUAGUCUGUCCCAAAUUUGUACAUUUCUGCAUAACUUUGCCUUCAUAUAAUCAAUACAGAUGAGUUGCAAAAAUAAAUUCACUCCCAUUCAGCUUUUGUAAAAAUGGUGCAUUUAAACAUGAGACCUAAAGGGGAUUCUUUGGCUUUUGGAGCCAGACUUAAGUGGACACUCUAUGAUGAACUGCAACUGUUUGCAUUUUAGCAUUGUCUUCAGUUAACACCAGAGGUUGCCACUUGGUGCUUUCUCUCCAUGAGUUAUGUGCUAUUAAAUUCCGGGGCCACACAAUAAUGCAUUCAAACAGUGAAUUCAACGUUUAUUCAACAGAAAUGCCUUUUGUUUGUACAUUAAGUUGCAUUUAAUGACUUUGACCUAACAAG